UCUCUGUCUUCAUUUCUCCCAUCUUUCCCUCUGUUGAUACCCAAUCUAUGAACAUGGCGGCCCCCGAGAUUCCCGCGAAGCAAAAGGCUAUUAUCUAUGACAAGCCUGGCACAGUCUCAACAAAAGUCGUAGAGCUUGACGUACCGGAGCCUGGUGCUAAUGAGGUCUUGAUCAAUCUCACUCACUCCGGCGUGUGCCAUUCGGAUUUCGGCGUCAUGACUAACACGUGGAGCAUCCUACCCUAUCCCACUCAGCCCGGACAGGUUGGUGGCCACGAGGGUGUCGGAAAGGUCGUGAAGCUCGGCGCAGGCGCCGAAGCCUCAGGCCUUAAGAUUGGAGAUCGAGUCGGAAUCAAAUGGCUUGCGAGUACAUGCGGACAGUGUGGUGAGUACAUCUGUUCCCAAAGUCCCGAACGCAUGUUAAGGAGCAUAGCCCCAUGCCAGGAUGGUGCGGACGGCCUCUGCUUCAACCAAAAGGUAUCUGGAUACUACACUCCCGGCACAUUCCAGCAGUACGUCCUCGGACCAGCUCACUACGUUACACCAAUUCCGGAUGGCUUACCCUCCGACGAAGCCGCCCCCCUGCUAUGCGCCGGUGUGACCGUCUACGCCGCCCUCAAGCGCAGCAAAGCCCAACCGGGCCAGUGGAUAGUGAUCUCCGGCGCUGGUGGCGGCCUCGGCCACUUGGCGGUCCAGAUCGCCAGCAAGGGCAUGGGCCUGCGCGUGAUUGGCGUGGAUCACCCUAGCAAAGAGGAGCUCGUGAAGAACUCCGGCGCCGAACACUUUGUCGACAUCACCAAAUUCCCCAUUGACGACAAGUUCGAAGCCAUCUCCGCACACGUCAAGGGGCUCACCACUGCUGGUCUCGGCGCACACGCCGUCAUUAUCUGCACAGCAUCCAACAUCGCCUACGCACAGAGCCUGCUCUUCCUCCGAUACAACGGCACAGCAGUCUGCGUUGGGAUCCCAGAGCACGAACCGCAGGCCGUUGCGACCGCGUUCCCUGGCCUCUUCAUCGGCAAGCAUCUCAACCUAACGGGCUCAGCCGUGGGUAACCGCGCUGAGGCUAUUGAGACGAUGGAAUUCGCUUCGCGCGGCGUGAUCAAGGCGCACUUCCGCACGGCAAAUAUGGAAGCGCUGACUGAUGUGUUCAAGCAGAUGGAGGCAGGCACGCUGCAGGGUCGUGUCGUGAUCGAUCUGUCUUAGCGUAUGUUAUGUAUAUUAUAGUUGCAGUCGCCUGAUUUAGCCCCGCUUCUAGUUUCCUUCUCGAAUCUUUCUCGAAUUACUACUGUGCCCUAGGUCGGAGACUAGCGCGACACAUCGAACUUAGCUAGGUAAGGUGUAUAUGCACUAUAAUGAGAAGUCGUAGCAAGAAGCCCUAAACAGCCACCGUCAUAAAAGUCAUGUAUCAGGAGAGACUCAAGCAAAUCGCGCGGUAGACAUAAUAGGCAAGGGUAUCGGCAACAUCGACAAACAAGACAUGCUCUCAUGAGUGCGAGCGAAGACGACAACCACCGUUGACAAACACAAGGGGAAAAAAAAAAUCCAAGGCACUGAGGCAAAAAUGAUAGCGAUAUAUAUCGUUCAUAGGACGGAAUCGUAAUCAUCGCAAUCGCUUCCCACUCCCCUCACCCUGCGCACCUUCGCGCCCUCCAGCAGAACGUUUCCUCGCUAGCCCUACACCGAUUCCACCCGUCGCUGUGCCAAUUUCUCCAGCCUCCGCGGCGCGGACGAGGGCGUCGAGUUUUAGUAUGUAAGCCCUCGGCGCUCGGUUGACUUCAUUCCUAUUCAGUAUAGCCCUUAGCUGGCUUUUGAACUGGUGGAGAUCCGCACCCGGUAGGCAUUCUAGGGCGUCAAGGAUAAAGUAUGAUUCCGUUUCAUCCGUUGUCCCAAUCAGCUGGUGGUAGAUGUUCCGCGUGUCUUCAUCUUCAUUUGCGAAGGAUGUCUGGCCGUAUUUGUUAUUAUCCAGUGCGUCUUUGUUCCUGUUGCUGAUGUCUCCGAGGAGCGUGACGAGUGUCUUGACGGCGCCGAGCCUGCCGUGGGGGUCUCGAGAGAGGAUGUUGUCGUGAACGCUGUCGACACUUCUUCGAAGGGUCUCCACGACGGCGUAAAUGCUAACAUGAUUUCUCGCCUUGUCCUCGCCCGGGCGGCCGUAGUCCCAGCAGAAUCGGUCGA